AUCCAAGGAUCGCAUUAAUUUCUUGAUUUAUUCAUGUGAAAAACCAUUCUACUAUGUAAUAAUGUAACGAAAGGACUUGUAACGUAAAAGAGUGAAAAUUCUGGCGAGGUGCAGCAGGAGUAAAAUUCUGGCGAGUUUCAUCAGUCUCUUCGAAUUAUCCUUAGAUCUGAAACAGGUCCUUCCCCUCUCCUCCUCCCCUAAUUCAGGAUAAUUUAUCGUAUCAGAAAAAAAAAGAGUUAGGAGUUUGUUUGUUUCCGAUCGGUAUCAGGAGGAGAAGGUGGAGGAGUAUUUGGGAAGUCACGAUCUGAUCUGAUGUAUUACGUGGAUGAUCCGAUGCGUACGAACAUUUUUUUUUUUUUUUCUGAUUUGGCAGAUGAAAAUCAAAGCUUAAUUAUCAUCAAAGCUCAAUUCUUCGUGCACGCGCCACCAGCGGCAGUAGCAGCAGCGCUAGUCAUCAGACCUGCGAGGGAGAUUGAGACGCUUCUACUUACUGGUGUAGAUGUAGAACUCGACCAACAACCAUACAUAAAUUUCAGUCUCCAUUGCCUUCGAACCGAAAGGAAUCCGGACAAACUAUGCAAUGUCAAUAGUCAUCUGAACUUUUUGGGACCUGUGUUCCUUUGUAAGCAGCUGAUAGAUAGAUUAUUGUGUUAAUUUUCUAUAUACUGUACUGUAUUGUCGUGGAUUCAUGAUCAAAUGAUUUAAAUUUAAAUUCAAAAAAUAAAUUUCUGAAAAGAUUUCUCGUUGCAACAGAUUUUUUUGUAUUUUACCGAGGAGGAGUGUCAUUUUCUGCCAAACAAGCUUUUCUGAUUGCAUCACAAAUUUAUUUUUAAACAAAACUUUUUAGUAAUUACCUUUUUGCCUUACAGUUACAGUGAGUACUUAUUAGUAUUCCAAAAAAAAAAAAAGGUUUAGCUAAGUUUCAAUCAAAGCAAAUCCAGAGAAAUCGGAUGGGAACCCCGUAUUCGCAACCGCAAGUGAAGCGACGUCGUUAAAACUAUUGACAUAAUAACCCUCAGUGUCCUUUCCCUUGGCCAGUAGUAGUUGGCCUGGCCUCCUCCCAGCGCCACCGGCACAGCGGUGAGGGCUCGCCUUUUGCCGCCAUAGUCUGCAGCGGUUUCUUAUAGCAAUGGGGAUUUUAGGCCUGAGUAAGAGGUUUUCUAGACUAUCCAAAACUAGUUUAAGUAUCCACUCUUCCUACUUCAAUCGCUCACGGAAAAGAGCCUUUUCAGAAUUGAAGCAAAAAAUCACUGAAGACGACUCUAUCUUGCCUGUCUUGAUCGUAGGUGCAGGCCCAGUUGGACUUGUCCUCUCUAUGCUUCUUACCAAGCUUGGGGUCAAAUGUGCAAUACUGGAGAAAAGUACGACUUUUUCGAGGCACCCACAGGCUCAUUUCAUUAACAAUCGCUCUAUGGAGGUGUUUAGGAAAUUAGAUGGUUUGGCGGAUGAGAUUUCGAGUUCACAACCACCUGUGGAUUAUUGGAGGAAAUUUAUCUAUUGUACUUCACUCACUGGUCCGAUACUUGGAACAGUAGACCAUAUGCAACCUCAUGAUUUUGAUCGAACUGUGAGCCCUGUAUCUGUAGCUCAUUUUUCACAGUACAAACUUCACAGAUUACUACUUGAGAAGCUUGUAAAUCUUGGUUUUCACAUUGUUGACAGCCACGGAUCUGAUAGGCUUGAGGAAAUCCUGAUUAGGGAGAAGGAGAUAUUGAUGGGGCAUGAAUGCGUAUCAGUUAGUACUGCUCAUCAUGGUGUUACUGUCACAGCGUCUUUUCUUAGUGAAGGGAGGCAUAUGCAGAAAGAUAUCCGUUGCAAUUUCAUUGUGGGUACAGAUGGUGCAGGAAGUACAGUCAGACAGCUUGUAGGAAUAGACAUGAAAGGAGAAAGGGACUUGCAAAAGCUAGUUAGUAUUCACUUUAUAAGCGAAGACCUUGGAAAGUAUUUGAUGAAUGAGAAACCAGGAAUGCUAUUCUUUAUCUUCAAUUCGGAAGCCAUUGGUGUUCUUGUUGCUCAUGAUUUGAAGCAAGGAGAGUUUGUUUUGCAGGUACCAUUUUAUCCCCCCCAACAGAAGCUCAAGGACUUCAGCUCUGAGAUGUGUGAAAGAUUAAUCUUCAGAUUGGUUGGCCGGGAGCUUGCAGACAUACAGGUUAGGGAUGUAAAACCAUGGGUGAUGCAUGCUGAAGUUGCUGAAAGAUAUCUUUCCUGUAACAACAGGAUAAUUCUUGCUGGUGAUGCUGCUCAUCGCUUUCCACCAGCUGGUGGUUUUGGGAUGAAUACUGGAGUUCAGGAUGCUCACAACCUUGCUUGGAAAAUAGCUUCUGUUCUCAAUGGCAUCACACCGCUUUCAUUUCUUUCCACUUAUGAGAUAGAACGUAGGCAGAUUGCCAGAUUUAAUACGGAGCUUAGUGUUCAAAACUUCAAAGCAGCUAUGAAUGUUCCUUCUGCACUUGGUCUUGAUCCAACUAUUGCUAAUGCAGUACACCGUGCAGUUAAUGAUUGGAUUGGUACCAUUUUACCGGAAGGACUACAGAGGUCAGUUUUGGAGGGAAUCUUCAGCAUAGGCCGUGCACAGGUUUCAGACUCUCUGUUGAAUGAGAAGAAUCCUUUGGGAUUGUUGAGGCUUGCCAAACUGAGACAGAUAUUUGACGAAGGAAAGAGUCUUCAACUCCAGUUUCCAGCUGAGGAUCUAGGUUUCAGGUAUCUCAAAGGAGCACUAGUGUCUGAUGAUGAUAGUUCAUCAAAUGCUCAAGAAGCACCUACUGGAGGCAGGAGGGACUAUAUCCCCUCAGCAGAUCCUGGAUCAAGGUUGCCACAUAUGAGUAUGAGACUCUUGUCAGACCUCUCAAGCAAGGAAACAUUUUCAACCUUGGAUCUUGUGUCCCUGGAUAAAGUUGAGUUUGUUCUCAUAAUAGCACCAUUAGAAGAAUCUUACAAUCUUGCUCAAGCUGCAUUCAAGGUGGCAAAGGAACAUAAAAUCUCCAUAAGGGUGUGUGUGAUAUGGCCUGAAAAAACUACAGAUGGAUCUGGAAAAACUGAGGCUGCAUUAGAACCUUGGACUAAUUUCAUUGAAGUUGCGGAAUUAAGAAAUCCACCAACUUCUGUUUCAUGGUGGGAUGUUUGUCAAAUGACAGACAGAGGAGCCAUUUUAGCGAGGCCCGACGAGCACAUUGCAUGGCGUACAAAAUUCGGAAUCACAGCAGAUCCUGUUUUGGAGAUGGAAAGAAUAUUUUCCACUAUAUUUGGAGCUCAACCCAGGCAAACAUAAUCGAGUUUUUCUUCCUUGUCAGUGGAGUUUCAUCACAGGAGGAUAGAGCUGCUUCCACAAAAUUAUAGCAGAACACAGCAUUUUCUCAUAGCAUGCCUAUGAUUUCAUUACUAUGCAUGUACAACGCCAAAGCUUGAUUCCCGAAAAUUUCAUGGGCUCUUUUAUUGUACUCUCCAUAUUUGGUGCUUAAAGAAGCAGCUUUUAUUGAUUUUAGAGGUCAUGAUAGUUUUCUGUUGUUGGCCACACGUGGAAUACAGGCUCUUGUUAAAACCAUAAAGUGUUUACUCGUCUUAGUAUUAUGAGAGUUUAUAUUUUCAA